AUGAACCGGUUAGGCGGGCCCGACAAAUCGAACGAGUCAAUUGAGCCCAAUGAUUCAAAAAAUUCAAGUGAGCCCGAUGAUCCGAACGGGGCAGGCGGGCCCAAUGACCAGAUGAGCCAGGUGGGCCCGAAGACCCGAAUGGGUCAAGCGGGCUCGAAGAACCGAACGGAUCAGGCAGGCCCAAAGACCCGAACAGGUCAGGUCAGGCAGCCCAAAGACCCGAACGAGUCAGGCAAGCCCAAAGACCUAGACGAACCCAACGGGCUCGAAGACCCAGAUGGGGCAGAUGACCUGGACGGGUCCGGCGACCCAGACGGGCCAAACGACCCGGACAGGUCUGACGACCUACAUGGGCCUUACGACCCGGAUGGGCACAACGACGAACGAGUCGGACGACCCGGAUGGGCCCGAUGA